GCAGUGUGUUAUGUGCAAUAGUGUUAUAUAGUGCUAUGGAUAGAGGAAGUGUUUCUGAAACUUUCCAUCCUACAUCAUACAUGGUUCAACUAGCUGUGUUCAUCCCCCAUUACUUCUUCAAUAACAGUUCAAGUAGAUUGCAGUAGAGUCAAACAACAACGGCUACUAAGUCAAGAUGGCUUCAAGAGUAGAAGAUCAACCACUCAUAGAAAAGAUCAGCGAGAGACUCCUUGUAUGCCAGAUCUGCAUGGACCGCUUCAAGGAGCCCAAGAUGCUGGAGUGUUCUCAUUCAUUUUGUCUGGAAUGCCUUCAACACCUUGCAGAGACUCACACAACUAGUCCAACACUAAUAUGCCCAUUGUGUCGAGGGCAAACUUUGUUACAAACUCAAAAAGGUGUUGCUGAUCUGCGAACAGACUUCAAGUUGAUUUCUUUGUUGGAUGAAAUAGAACAGCAUGAGACUAAACUACAAGAAAUUCAACAACCUACUCAGGGGUCCGUUUCUAAAUGUAGCAAGCAUACUGACAAGGAUGUUAUCAUGUACUGUGACUCAUGCAAACAGUUGACAUGCACAACUUGCAUUGCAAAGGACCACAGAAUGCAUGAUUAUAUUGAACUAAAUGAGGCUGUUGACAACUGCAAAAAGAAAGCUGAUAUACUUUUUGCAGAAUUAGAUCAACAACGCAUUGAUUUCAAGAUAGCUUUACAAGACAUAGCUAUUUCUCGCAAGAGGUUGGAUUCUGUGGUUUCUGCUACCAAAGCAAAGAUCUCAAAGAAGGCUAACAAGAAGAUUGCCAAGGAGGUUGCAAGGAUCAGAGAGGAGGAGCAGAAACUGAUGGUAGACUUGGAUAAGAUUCACAAAGACAGAGCCAAGACAAUGGAAAUUGCAGAAUUCACAAACAAGAAAGAAAUAACCACAAUACAAAAUAUGAAAGAUGAAGUCAUCCCGCUAAUGGAAAAAGAGACUUUCUAUGAAAAUCUACAUCUCAUAGAGAAACUCUUGCUCGACAUCAACAAAUACACAGCGAUACAACCUACUAAAGUGCCCCAUGGGUUGAGUUACAUGGAAUUUGAAAAUGAUGAACAAUCACUUGGAAGACUUGUACCGGAAGAAGACCCAACAAAACUAAAAGGAGCAGCCUCUGCUGCAGCUAUGCAGCCAAUAUGCGAACCCCAGACAAAACUGACACAAAAUAAAUGGUUACUGAAAAAAGAAAUAACAAAUUAUAAGAACAGAGCUAAAGAGACAAAACAGUUCUCUCCAUGCGACAUCGCUGUUCAUUCCAAUAGUGAUAUUGUCGUUGCUGAUUUUGAAAGUACCGGCUUGAUUGUAAUCUUAGCAGGAAGCACAACAACCCCACAACAAACAACAUCAAUCAAAGACCUUUAUUAUCCCAGCAGAGUGACUGUGAACAAGAAUGAUGAACUGGUUGGUGUCGAUCAUGAAGCAAUUAAGAUAUUCAACAGGAAGUACCAGCUCCUCCAUCAGUUUCAAGGGGUAUCAAGAUGGCCGUCAUGCAUUGCUGUGGACAAGAACAAUAUGAUAGCAAUAGGUUAUACCAGCAGCACGAUCUGCCUACACAGACCAGAUGGAUCCCUCAUCACCACACUGCUUGCUCCAGGGAUUGGUCAAUACUUAACUUUCCACAAAGAUCAAAUCAUCUACACCAAAUGGGAUGAUAAGAAAAUAGUAUCAGUAGAUUAUAAUGGUGGCAUCAUCUUCUCAGUUGAUAUCAACCAGUCCAGGUGGCCCCGUGGUGUUUGUUGUGACGAGAAGGGCAACAUCUAUGUUGCUGUUGGUUAUGCAAGGUUGACACCAACACUAGGGGAGAUCCAGCAGUACAGUCCUGAUGGCACUUACAUUGGACCUAUCAUCAAGCUACCUGACUGUCCAUAUGGAAUCAAGCUAACGGCGUCAGGUGAUCUGGUAGUGACUACAGAAGAAUCAGUCUGUAUCUAUCACCGUGUAAUUUGACAACUUCAAUUAAGACAAAACCUUGACAGGAAACUUGUAUAUGUCAGACAACUUUGUUUUUUUACGGUACCAAAGCUGUUCCCACAAAGAUGAAAAUCGAAAAAGCAGUGAGCACAAAGCCUUGCAAAGUUGCAGCAUUCUCGUUCACUUUAAAACAUGAGAAAAGAGAAUUAGCUGAUUAUUUGAGUCUUUCUCGAAGGCUAAAAAUAAGAUCACUUUUAGGGUCAGAAUGUCAGGCCAUUAACUAUUUUUUGCAGUUUUAAAAACCAAUACAAUUUUCAUCCUGAAACUUAUGCUAUGGAAUGCUAUCAAAUUUUGUUCUUAGGAGGUUGUGUAUCACUGAGUACGAUCACAAAAGAAUGGUCAACUUAUUUGGUCAAUGCGGAUAUAUUCUUUUUGUAAUGUUAAUAAGGAAUUUGUAUUGUGAACAUUUCACUUACAGUUACAUACAUUAUGUAUGCCUGUGCAAACUCAAGUUCAGACAGACAGAAACAUGUAGAUUAAAAUGAAGCAAACAAACAGUAUGCGAGAUUAAGUU